CGUUGGAUUAGAACUCGAGGACAUAGUACAGACUCUGAGCGGCGAUCGCUUGACAAUGAACCGAAGAGAGAUGAGCAGUCGGAAGAACCGCAAAGAGACCAGAACCCAGAAAAACCAAAGGUGGACUCCAAACUGCGCACCUAUGUCCUUAUCAUCGGCGGAUUGUCAUUUGUGAUGUCUUUCAUAAUUCUUUCACAAAUGCCUAUGGGAGAAAAUUAUUUAACAAGGUUUUUUCUUUUAUUUUUCAGGCCAGGCAUCGAUGUCAAUUCGUUUUUCUCCAAGUAUUUAAAAGCAGGGGAAGUGAGACGAAUAAUAUUUUGUCCUGAUUAUUCUCGAGCGGUCGCCUUUCUUUAUGAAGGAGCCGUUAUUGAGGGAAAAAAGGUUCAUGAGCCCGUAGUGGUGGUAACAUAUACUCAAGGUUCCCAGCAGUUCUGGGCAGACGUACGCAGAGAGGAAAGUAUUAUGGGAAUAUCUCUAGCUGAUGGAGUCCGACUGGAUAUUUAUAAAGGAAUUAGUACAUUUCGAGUAAUCGAGUUCAUCAUUGGAGUGCUAAUAAUUGCCUGGCUUGGAACUCAGUAUGGCCGUCUACUGCACCAACGAUUGUUGUCAAGGAAAAAAGAAUAA